AGCUUCCUUGCUUUUACUUUUCUUGCUUUUACUUCUACUGACAUCCUUGGGCUGCUAAAGGAUUAUGCAAAGGGUGGAUUUUCCCUAAGAAGAGUUCUUGGGCCAUACUUACUGCUGGCUUGCCUAACUUGUGAUAUGCCUAAAAAAGAUUUCUGGGUAGGGACAGCUGACCCAGAACCCAAAGCAAUUGUUGGCAGUGCAGGCAGCCGUGACAGUAUGAUCAGUAACGAGUCCAGCACAUCCGAAAUGAGUGACAGUGGUUACGACUAUCUAUCAGUGGAGGAGAAAGAAUGUCUUAUGUUCCUUGAAGAAACAUUAGAUUCUUUGGAUACUGAAGCAGACAGCGGACUUUCCACUGAUGAGGCUGAGACUGCUGAGUCUUCAAAGCAUCCACGAACAUGGCCUACAAGAGAUGUUCCCAGAGAGCUGGCUCAUGCACAUCUUGGAAAGCAUAAAAAAAAUGAACUGAAGAGCAGCAAAUGUGUAACUGAUUCUGUUCCUGUUGUCAGUUCAAAUCCAGGCCACCAUAGCUUUCCAAGGAACAUCAGUGUAAAAAGCGCAACCCAAACAGCCAAGGUUUUCCUUGCUAAAGCAACAGAGUCGAAUGCUGGUGAUCGAAAAGCUCUUCCUCAGAUAUGUCUGACUUCAUGGGGGUCUCCUAUGCAUGAGACCCUGGACAUAUCAAAUGACCAGCCCAAGAUGAAUUCUCAGUCAAGGGCCUCUGGUUUGGAAUCUGUAGUUAUUCCACCUCCUGAACCAUUCCAGGACCAGAGGCAGAACCAUCCCAGAAGAGGACAAGAACCACCACUUCUUAACAAAGAUUACAAGAAAGAUGCUGAAAGUGGGAUAACAUCUCUCACUGAAUUUAAGAGGAAUGAUGAUGUAGCAGAGGGUUAUGAGGCUUUACUUGUCCAGCAGGAGCCUUCACCAGAGAAGAUUGAGCUAGAAGUGAGAAAAGAGGCCAUUCUGAAACCUGUGUCUCCUAAAAGUAACAAGAAGUGUUCUGAGCAAAUUAGUAGUGCUCAGGAAAAUUAUCGAAAAUCUACUACACUGGAAGAAUCUGUCAUAGAUUCAAACUUCAAGCAAGGUCCUCCCACUGCUCCCAAACCCAGAAAACUGCCACCAAAUAUUAUUCUCAAAACCAGCAAAAGUAGUGCUGUGUCACUCAAUGUUGAUCCAAAUCACAAGAUAAAAGUGCUAUCUCCAGCCAAUGGUAGACCAAGAGCUGCAACUGGUGACUCUUCCAUGGAAAAGGCUCAUUCUCUCCAAAAGGAACAGGAGAGAGCCAGGAGGGAGGCUCUUCAGAAACUGGGACUCCUACUGGAUAAAGAAAAAGAUCCAGAUGAUCACAUGACCAAAACUUCCAUUUACUCAAAACCAGCAGAGACUACCAGGACUAGCAGUAGGGAGAAUGUAAAUAUGGAUGAUAGUACUCCUGUUAAGAAACCUGACCAGCAGCAAGACCAAGUCGGUGAGAAUGCAAUCCACCCAACAGAGAUCAACAUCUCGGGUGUCAAACAGGCAAAUUUCAAAUCUGUCACACUGGAGCGUUCAGGUGUUGGUCUGAGCAGUUACAUCUCAUCUGGCAGUGAGGACCAGAAUGUUAAGAACAGUGGUUCAGUUGGCAAAAUGUCCUUUUUUGACAAAAUUACUCCAAACUUUCUCAGGAGUAGCCGACCGCGCCCAGCUUCCCUUGGCAUGGGAAAAGACUUUGUUAAUCUAAAGGAAAACAAAAUGAAUAAUGUUGAGCUGGAGAAAAAUGACAAGAGGAGAUCUUAUCCACUUCAGCACCCCUCCAAGCUGCCCAGACCACCUUGUGUCAGUGUGAAAAUCACACCUAAGGGAGCCACAGAGGAGCACAGAAGGGAAGCUCUGAAAAAACUUGGCCUAUUGAAGGAGUAAACCAAAUAGCUGGAUAAUGAGUUUGCUUGUUUGGUCCCUCUUCUUCUAAAAUGGGAGGAAUUGCAAUAUAGGUUGAGUCUGUGUUAGGCAUGCUUGAUGAGUUAACCAGCAUUGGUUUCAGCUUGUUGGCAUAAGAACUAGCAUCUCACACAGUCUUUGCUUUUAUCUCUACUUCUGUAGAGGUAAAUUAACUCUACCAUUCAAGUUAGACUCCACACCGACUAGAAAUGCACCUGCCUGUGUAGCAUAUGUUUUGUAUAUAAUGUACAAGAUAUGACUCUUCAUAUGUAAUAAAUAUGUGGUUAACUGGAAGGGGGAAAUAUUAAAUAUUCAGUUGUAAUUACUAUGGCAAACCAUGAACUCUGGAUAUACAGUGGCCUUGUAUCACGACGAUAGCCACACGGCUAGAAUGUUUUAGUCAAGAUUGAAUUGCAAUAAUGGGGCAUUUUUGGUACCUUUUUAAAUAUGUGAACUUGCUAUAAUCUGGUGUGUACACUGAAGCCAAUGAAACCGGCAGGGCUGGUAUAGCUACCUAGAUGAUUCAUGCACUGGAUAUUUAAUAUAUUGCCAAGAAUGCAUUGGGUAUGAAUCUUAAGCUUCCAUUUGUGAAAGAUGAAGUAUUUGACAGUUCAUCUACAAUGUGACUUCAAAAUGGCUGGCUAACAGUUGAUUAAAACAAAACAAAAGCACUAGAACCAAAGUUGAUUUUGUCCCACUUUAGCUUGGUGUACCUGUUUUAUGUGAACAAAUUACGGUUGUAUGUUGAUUUAAAAUCAUGCAACUUUUAAGAAUGAAAAGUGUGUGUGUGUGUGUGUGU